CUUUCUCUCUGAACUCGCGACGACGAAGCGCUACCCAGGCAACGACGGUCCUCUUCGAACGGCGGUUCCCUCGCAGCGGCGAUCUCCUCGCAUUGGUGAGGUUCCCAUGCCAGCAGUGAUCACCUCCCAGCUCCGAUCCCCUCUCAGCGUCUUCUUUCUCUUCCGGCGACGAAGCGCGUCUCCUCAAGGUCAUUACGCAUCCAAAGUUUCGCGCUUCGCCUUCACAUCGAUUCCGCUGCACUUCCAAAAGAGUUGGUUGUGCAGUUCUUGUUUUCGGAAACCAUCUUUAAGGUUCUGUCGGCGUUUGAGUUCUGUAAUGGCCAGUGAUUUUUCUGUCAUCUCCAAUGGAGACAGCAAUGGCAAUGUCAAUCCACAACCUAAUAAGCAAAGGACUUACCAAGUGGUAGUGGCUGCCACUCAAGAUUGGGGCAUUGGCAAGGAUGGGAAGUUACCCUGGAGAUUGCCUACUGAUCUCAAAUUUUUUAAGGAGAUCACUGAGAAAACAUCUGAUCCUGGAAAGAAGAAUGCCAUUGUAAUGGGAAGGAAAACAUGGGAGAGUAUCCCUCUUCAGUACAGGCCUCUUUCUGGUCGCCUUAACAUUGUUCUCACUCGCUCAGGCAGCUUUGAUAUUGCAACGUCAGAGAAUGUUGUUAUAUGUGGAAGUAUGUAUUCUGCAUUGGAAAUAUUAGCUUCUUCUCCUUACUCUCUGUCAAUUGAGAAAGUAUUUGUUAUUGGAGGUGGUCAAAUAUUUAGAGAGGCUCUCAAUGCACCCGGAUGUGAAGCUAUCCACUUAACAGAAAUUCAGUCAAACAUCGAAUGUGACACUUUUAUGCCUUCAGUUGAUUUCACUAUAUUUCGGCCGUGGUACUCAUCCUUUCCUAAGGUGGAAAACAACAUACGCUAUUCUUUCAUCACUUAUGUUCGUGUAAGGAGUUCUCCUUUGGAGUCCCUGAACCAGAAUAUCGAUCCAGUUAUUGAUAAUAAUUAUGAUUCCAUAAAAUUUGAGGUCAAGGAUUUUUCUUUUCUUCCUAAAAUGAUUUUUGAGAGACAUGAGGAGAAUAUGUAUCUUAAGCUGGUUCAAGAGAUCAUUUCUGAAGGUACAAUAAAGGGUGAUAGGACGGGGACUGGCACCUUGUCAAAAUUUGGUAGCCAGAUGAGAUUCAAUUUACGCAGAAGCUUUCCUCUUCUGACAACUAAGAAAGUAUUUUGGCGAGGAGUUGUUGAAGAGCUUCUUUGGUUUAUCAGUGGCUCAACAAAUGCCAAGGUGCUACAGGAAAAAAACAUUCAUAUAUGGGAUGGCAAUGCAUCCAGAGAAUACCUUGAUGGUGUUGGUUUGACAGAGAGGGAGGAGGGCGACUUGGGACCUGUUUAUGGGUUUCAAUGGAGGCACUUUGGUGCCAGGUACACGGACAUGCAUGCUGACUACUCCGGCCAAGGGUUUGAUCAGCUUUUAGACGUUAUUAGCAAGAUAAAGCAUAAUCCUGAUGAUCGACGAAUCAUUCUUUCUGCGUGGAAUCCAGCUGAUCUUAAAUUAAUGGCACUUCCACCUUGUCACAUGUUUGCACAGUUUUAUGUAUCACACGGGGAGUUAUCAUGUCAAAUGUAUCAGCGAUCUGCGGACAUGGGCCUGGGCAUUCCAUUUAAUAUUGCAUCUUAUGCCCUUCUGACAUGCAUGAUUGCUCAUGUUUGUGAUCUAAUUCCAGGUGAUUUUAUCCAUGUUAUUGGGGAUACACAUGUUUAUAGUAAUCAUGUGAGGCCUUUGCAGGAGCAGCUCCAUAAACUUCCAAAACCUUUUCCAACUUUGAAGAUAAAUCCAAAGAAGAAAGACAUAGAUUCUUUUGUGGCUGCUGAUUUCAAGCUCAUAGGCUAUGAUCCUCACCAGAAGAUUGAUAUGAAGAUGGCUGUCUAAGUUGGGGUUUCUCAUUUCCUGGCUGUUUCUGCCUUUUGAAUCGAGUCCUGUAUACUCUUCGGGAACUAAAUUUCUAAAAGUGGCGUGAAAAGGAUGAUUCAACUAGCAUGUAAGGAUAGCGCAAAAAGUAAUUCCCUUCCAUCACCUCAGAGUCCAAUUUCAAUAGUCCAGCGCUUAAAAUUGUGUACUACUAAAGAUGAUCUCGUAGACAACUAUUUAGUUCAUACAUAUUAUUUGUGGGAAUCCUUUGGGUCCAUGUUUUACCACUCAGGUGAUUUAGAUUAAUUUCAAUUUCCAUCCUUUCCAAUGUACACGCUCCACUAUAAUUUUGAGGGAUCGAUUACUCGAUGUUUUAGAUAAGCAUUUUCUAUGUUUUAUUAUUCGAACUUUUGGACAAGUUA